CCAUUCCACGCUCAGUUAAUUCUCUUCCAACUGUUCCGAUAGUGUCCUCAACUCUCCGCUGACCCCAUGAACGCGUCUCCAUCUUCGAGUCUCCUUCUCACAUCGCUCGAAUCAUCGCUUCACGUCUCCACCCACUCACUAUUUCUAAGACCCAUUUUGCAGUUCCGCAGGCCGUUCCCAGGAGCAGAGUCGCCACCGUCUUCUCAUUCGUCUGUCUCUCGGCUCUGGGAAUCCCUUUUGACCUUGUUCUUCGUCGUUUCCAAUGGCUGCGAAGGUCGGGUCCUUCAGGCACAGCUUCUUGGAGAGGAGCAAAGAGAGGCUCCUCUCCAGAAAAGAAUACUCUGACUUCGGCAUGACCGACGCGGAUGGGAGCGAUUACGGCGUCAAAUGCAGGUGCUUUAGGUCGAUUUCGGAUUGGGUUGUGAACUGCUGGAAUGGGUUGCAGGAUGUCGUGGUUAAGCUGUAUGAGAUGGGCCGUUCCGAUCCUCGGAAGUUCGUCUUCGCCGUGAAGAUGGGCUUGUCUUUGGCCCUCGUUUCGCUGGUUAUCUUCUUUAAAGAGCCGCUCGCGGAUGUUAGCCAGUACUCCAUCUGGGCGAUUCUUACUGUCGUUGUGGUUUUUGAGUUCAGCGUUGGCGCAACUCUGAACAAAGGAUUUAAUCGGGCUAUUGGGACAUUAUCAGCUGGAAGUAUUUCUCUCGGCAUUGCAGAGUUAUCGGCCAAGACUGGUGAUUUGCAGGAGUCUAUUCUUGUAUUCAGUAUCUUUAUAGCAGGAUUUUGUGCCAGUUAUGCUAAGCUUUACCCGACCAUGAAGCCAUACGAAUAUGGGUUUCGGGUGUUCUUGUUGACUUACUGCAUUGUCAUGGUAUCUGGGACUUCUUCAACAUUUUUCGAAACAGCUUUUUACCGGCUAAUGCUCAUUGCUGUUGGAGCUUUCAUAUGUUUGGUCGUUAAUACAUGUAUCUACCCAAUCUGGGCUGGGGAGGACCUGCACAAAUUGGUUGUCAAGAAUUUCAAGGGUGUGGCUACUUCCUUGGAAGGGUGUGUUACUGGAUAUUUGGAAUGUGUGGAAUAUACGAGAGUUCCUUCGAAAAUACUGACAUACCAAGCUUCUGAUGACCCCCUUUACAAUGGUUACCGAACAGCUGUACAAUCUGUCGGUCAAGAGGAAUCACUGUUAGAUUUUGCGAGAUGGGAGCCACCUCAUGGCCCAUACAAGUCAUUUAAAUACCCUUGGAGAAACUAUGUGGAAGUAAGUGGAGCUCUGAGGCAUUGCGCUUUCAUGGUGAUGGCAAUGCAUGGCUGCAUUCUCUCCGAAAUACAGGCUCCGGCAGAAAAGAGAAAGGUUUUCAGUGAUGAGCUUCAAAGGGUUGGCACUGAAGGAGCUAAGGUAUUACGAGAGCUUGGAAGCAAGGUUGAACGGAUGGAGAAAUUAAGCCCUGAAGACAUACUCUUACCAGUGCAUGAAGCAGCCGAACAACUGCAGAUGAAGAUAGAUGAGAAGUCGUACCUCCUAGUUAAUUCACAGAGCUGGGAAUCCACAUUGCCACCCAAGGAACUCGAAGAUUUGGAGAACUUCCAAGAUUCUAAAGAUGCUGAAAAUAGACAGACAGUGAUACAUUCGUUGAGUGAUAUUUGUUGGGAACCACAGCUCUCGAAUGUGGCUGUCAAUUCACCGCUUCCUGAGUUUGUGUCCUCAGACAGUACGAUCAAGAGGGCGUCGUGGCCACGUCUCUCGUUUAAUGCAAAUCCUUCGCCUAAUGAACUGGAGUCGAAAGUAUAUGAGAGUGCUAGCGCCUUAUCUCUAGCAACAUUCGCUUCACUUCUUAUUGAGUUUGCCGCGAGGCUUCAAAAUCUCGUGGAUGAAUUCAAAGAGCUUAGUGAGAAGGCAAAUUUCAGGGAUCCAGAGCAGCAGCUGGUGCCCAAUGAAGACGUCGGCUUCUGGAGUAGGCUUCUGAGGCAUUUCAGGUCCAGAAACUGAGACAGGUCAAUCUUACUUCCAGGUCGUAUUUGAUAUAAAGUCUUGAAUUUUGUGAGUGUGAUCAGAUAAUACAUGGCUUUGCCUGUGUUUCCAUAAGAACGGAAACUAAGGUUGUGCCAAGAGGCCAUCAUGCGGGGGUCUCUUCCAUGGUAACAUAAGUUGGCUAUUGGUGGGAUAUUUUUUUGUCGCUCCCUGCAAUCAUAUAGUAGGUUUUGUUGAACUUGAACUUAUGAGCAGAGCACGUAUGUCGUGAAUAUGGUUAAUUUGCUUGACCAGAUGAUUGAAUCGGCUUUGUCUUGUCAAGCUAUCGAGGCGAACAGAAACUGAAGAAUGAAAGGAUGGUACCAAAAAAAAAAAAAAAACAAUUAUGUUUCGGAGCUUGCUAAAGAAAAUAGGUAAGAAGGGAAAGCAUCUGUUUCCAUUCGUUCUCAUUAAUUAGAAGGAUUUCGUUGAAGGAGUGAUCCUUUUCUAUGGUAAUCUCGGCUUCCUGUGCUCUGGAUAUUUCACAAAAGUGGUUCCAUAAACAUGUGCUUUUGUA